AUGCUUGAAACAAAAAUAGUUGUUGGAGAAGGUUAUGCAUGGAUAUUAUUUGAAGCAGUACUUAUCUCAAUUCAUAUGAUGGUAACUGGAAUGUUAAUGGGAUCAAUACGACGAAAAGUUUUUAAUAAAGAAUUUUAUGAAAAAAAUUUUCCACAAUAUAAAAAAUUAUCAGCUUUUAUGAAACCAGAUGGAGGUUAUCCUGAUGAUGGACAAGGAAGAUUAGCUGACAAAUUAGAUGAUGAACAAUGGUUUAAAUUUAAUAAUUAUAGACGUGCACAUAUGAAUUAUCUUGAAGGAGGUUUUGCAGUUAUUGUUCCAUUAUUAAUUGCUGGUUUAUCUUUUACACGUGUAACAUUUUUAACUGGAAUUGCUUAUAUUGUUGGACGAGAAAUUUAUUCUCAAGGAUAUCGUCGAUCAGGUUCAAAAGGUCGUCUUGUUGGAGCAUUAACACUUGAUGCAGCUCUUUUAAUUUUAUGGUCAAUGGCUUUAUAUACAUGUUUUCAUUGGGGUAAUGGAUUAGAUGGAUUAAAAAAACUUAUUUUCUAA